ACUGCAAAGGAUGUCGCCCCAUACAAAAUGACAAAAACAAAAAAAACCAUUGAUAUCAAUAAUAAGGAAUAUCAAAUUGUUUCAGAAAUAACUACUAGCAUCACUAACUCUUUUGAUGAAAAAGAUACUAUAGAAAUCACUACUAAUACUCAAGAAGUUUUCGAAGAAUGGAAUUUAGAAGAGUUUGAAGAAGUAGAGAAAAGAUUUCUUAAUUGGCAUAAUAAUGCUGGAAGUAACCUUAGAACCAUAUAUACUGGAACCUCAAGAACAACGUUAUGGAGAAAAGAUAAAGAAAAAAAAAAGCAUGAAGAACAUGUUAAAGAAAUAAAAACAAUUAAUAUGUUUUUUCAACCUGUGCAAACUAUUUUAUCUACACAACAUUCUCGCUUAUCUUUAUUACAUAUCCGUUUGGAAGAACUCAAUCAACAAUGUUCAAUAGGAAAAUCCAUGAAAGAAAAUAAUAAAAUCUUUACGUAUGAUUAUUUACGCCUUCUCAGUAUUCGUCAAUUCAUACAAUUGUUAUUAGAUGGACAAUCCAAGAUGAAUAUCAGUCGUCAAAUUGCACAAACAAUAUGGUGUAAAGGAGAUUACAUGGCUAUGUGUAUUCGAAAGUGGGGAAGUCAUUUUAUACAGACUGGAACACUUCAAACUCAUUAUCAAGGAAAAUACACAAAGCUCAAAAGUUUAUUAGACGAUGAAGAUUUUACUGAAAAUUGCAAAGCUUGGCUUCAACAACAAAAACCAGAAGUACGUUCUCCAAAAAAUUUAAAAACAUAUAUUGAAGAUACAUUAUUUCCAAAAUCAACAGAACCCCAGCUCAAGCCAGGAAAAAAAGAAUUUGUUCAAGUAACACAUGACGAAUGUCACUUCUAUCCAAAUGAUAGUCAACGGAGAGUCUGGAUUCAAGAAGAAGAGAAUAUCUUGCGCUCAAAACACUUGGGACGCUCCAUUAUGGUUUCAGCUUUUUUAUGUCCAUGUCAUGGUUUAUUACGAUUAUCUGAGCAACAAUUGCAAGCCAAUUCACAUAUUGAACAUCAAGAAUCUUUUGUUCUUCGUUCUAUUCAAGAAGAUGGAUACUGGAAGUCGGAGCAUAUGUUAGAUCAGGUUUGA